AAGAGGAGUGGAGCUGAACUCAAGAUGCAGAAUUAACAAAAAGCGGAGAAAAUGAAUUGUGGCGCGACUGACCGGGUAUUUGGUCAUCUGCGUAAACAAAUUUGGUCGGAGACAUAAAUACAAGAGAAUCCAUCAGCAACCGCUUUUUUCACUUCAGUUGCAACUCUUUCCCUCUGAGCUCCCUUGCAUUUGUAGUUCUCCUCUUCCCACCAACAAUGAAGUCUGUCUUUAUUUCCCUCGUCUCUGUUGCGCUUCUCGUCGCUGGAGCAGUCGCCCAGUCGUUCACCAUCAACACCCCUGCCAAUGUUGUGGAGUGUCAGCCUACCCUUCUUCAAUGGUCUGGUGGAACUGGUCCUUAUUACUUGAGUAUCCUCCCUGGAUCGUCUCCUGGCUCCGCUGCCCUUGAGGACCUUGGCCAGCAAUCUGGAACUUCUGUGACAUGGACUUGCAACAUUGCAGCUGGCACCUCAAUUGGCCUCACACUACGUGACAGUACCGGUGCUACUGCCCAGUCCGCGCCAUUCACAGUUAACCCUGGAUCAUCCUCCUGCCUCAACUCUACUUCCACCGCUGCUGGAUCUUCCGCAUCGUCCCCAGUAAACUCUGCAAGUUCAACUGGCUCGGGCAGCGCAGCUACCACUGCGUCCUCUACUUCUGGUGGCGCUACCACGGGAACUUCCUCCGCUGCACCUACCACCACAAGCACGAAUGCUGCACCUGCAAAGGCUGCGCAGUUUGGUGUUGCUGGUGUAUUGGGUGCUGCUGCCGCAGCUCUUCUGCUUUAGAGGAGUGGUCAAAAGGUGGUUUGCCAAACCUUGACAAGUCUUUGUUAUUUCUUUUGGACUUGAUGCAGACUUUUACAUGGGUGUUUGUUUAUAGGCCCUCGCCAUUCUCUUGUCUCUUCUGUUUUACAAUUAGUUGCGUCAUAUAUAACAUCUAAUAGGCGCUGCAUUAACAGUUGUUCCGACCUGUUAUACUCUUGCUGCGGAUGUACUCAUCUGAGCAUUUACUUCGCGCUAUUUACUUUUUCUCGUUUCUUAACAUAUCGCAGACAUUCGGAUUUUUGGGAGACCAUAGUGUACGCUGGCCAACGUGUCUUACGAUCCGAAUGACAUUCAGUUCUCUACCUAGAAUUUGAUUACUGUGUUUGAUCAUAUUUGCAAUUUUAUGGUGUAUAGAGUGGUAUUGAUUAUUUGACUGAU